UUCCACCGUAACGCCAACACGUGAGCACGAGCUCCUCCGCACAGCUUCUCGGUGCAGCUUCUUUUUUUCUCCGUCUUUUUUUGGUGCGCAGAAAUCCCGGCAGAGUGAGAGCUCUCUACUCCUCCUGCUCCUCUCCGGGUCCCCCCGUCUGUCUGCAUGUGGGUGAUCAGAGUCCGACGUGCCGCCACAACAUCGCACGUUUUCAGCAGCUCCGCGCGCAGGUUGUUUCCAGCUGAGCACCCUGCGAGAGAGAGAGCAGCAGUCGGCACACACUCCAGUGCAUCUUCCUCACACUCGGUGACAGGGUCCACGAUGAGGAGGAAGCUGCUGGUGGAUGUGGACUGUGGGGUGGACGAUGCUCAGGCCAUCAUGCUGGCGCUGGCCGCCCCCAGCGUGGAGCUCCUGGGCAUCACCUGUGUGCACGGAAACACCACCGUGGAGAACGUGUGCAGGAACACGCUGCGGGUGCUGCAGGCCUGCAGUAAACUGGAGAUUCCAGUGUUUAAAGGGGCCUCUAAGCCGAUCCUCGGGGUCUGCAUUAACGCGGGACACUUCCACGGGGAGGACGGGCUGGGAGACGCUCCCGACCCCAACGCUCCCGGUCUGGACCUGGUUCAGAAGGAGGGCGCCGUGUCGGCCAUGAUCAGGAUCGUCAAUGAGAACCCAGGGGAGGUGUCUCUGGUCGCCACGGCACCUCUCACCAACCUGGCUCUGGCUGUGAAGAUGGAUCCGUCUCUACCGAGCAAACUCCGGGGGCUCUACAUCAUGGGAGGCAACACUGAAUCUCGAGGAAACACGACAGUGUGUGGCGAGUUCAAUUUCACUGCCGAUCCAGAGGCUGCGUACAUCGUCCUGAACGACUACCAGUGUCCCACCUACUUGGCCUGCUGGGAGUUCACCUGCUACAGCAAGCUAUCCUGGGAGUUUUGCGACGCCUGGUUGGCGCAGGACACGGAUAAAGCGCGCUUCAUGGCGCGGAUCUUCCGGCACAGCAUCGAGGCGUCGCACGGCGAGCGGCUCCAGAAAGAGUUCGUCGGCGGCACAGGUUUCGUUUCCUGCGACUCGUACGCCAUGGCCGCCGCCGUGGACGAUUCCCUCGUCGUGGAGAGCGACCGUUACCCGGUCAGCGUGGAGCUGACGGGCACGCACACCAGAGGCAUGAUGAUCGUGGACACGGUGGGCUUUCUGAAGAAGGCCCACACGGCUACCAUCAUGAAGAAGGUGGACAUGGAGAAGUUCAAGCGGAUGAUGACGGCGGCUUUACAAUAACAGCCCUGAGCACACUGGUCAAGCAUUGGUGAGCACCAGGGUUCUGUUGAAGAAGCUUCCUACUUCACAAGAGCCAUUCAUAACAUGUUUGUAAAAAAAUUUAACUGCAACUUUGCCAUUUCUAAUUGUGUGAUGUACGUUUUCUACACUAGAAAUCAGGUGUCAGAUGGGAUUCUGAUGACGGCACCUCCAUUCAAAUUGUAAUAAACUUGCUUUACAUUUUA